GUGUAGGGAAAUGGCGGAUGUUAAAGUUGGCUACGGUUGAUCUCUGCUUUGAAAGACUUAUUUGACGUUCGUGAGCGGACGAUUCUUGCAAAGAAGAGAUGUUUUCAUGGCUUCUGCUACUCUGUCAAAUUGUUCUACCAAAGAAACCACCAAUUAUGCUCGGCUAUGUCACCUUCUCGUACAUGUUGGAUCUUGUGUUCUGAGGGAGAUCUUUGACAGGAUAUGUCCACCAGAAAACCUUCACAUAAUUCUUGCUCAUCCUUGGAACCGUGCAAAAUUACAAACGCUUAGAAAGAAGAGAGUCCUGAGUACCUCCCAGUGGCACAAACUGUAUUCUCCAAUCAAAUCUUCAGUCUCCUCAGGGAACUUUGACACAUUUGUAUUGCUUCUUCUUCUGAGGAAUAUCUUUGGUUUAACUCUCCCUACUUCAGGCCAUGAUGUCUUUCCUCCAUUAACGGACACCACUCCAGCAGCUGACAUCACUCUCAUCAAGAUCCUCAGAGACAGAGUUUAUAGCCAGGUUACCAGUGGUUCAGUAGAUGAUGCAACUUUCAGUUCCUACUGGAACCAGAUCAAAGAUACCUUUUUGGAUAUUGCAGGGCCUCCCUAUCAGGAUGCCAUCAACGAAAUUAAACUUGAAGAUAUGGAUGCCAAUCUUGAGGAAGACUAUGGAGAGCUUCUAAGAGAGUGGUUGAAGGAUGAAGACUGUAUUGCAGACAAAUUACAUGAAGAAGAAACAGUUAAAAGGGCCAGAAAAGAAGAGGACAUGGAGGAUCUUAUUAACAUUUCAGAGCAAAAUUCAGGAAUGGAAGGUGUGUGUGUAAUUUUUUUGUUGAUACCAACUGUUAAACUUACUCUCCAGUGUGAACAGUCUUUGUCAUAUGGUUCAUCAAAGGCAAAGGCUACUCUGGAGACUUAAAGAUUUU